AUGGCGUCCGAAAAAUGGGCCCUAGGGCAUUCAAACGCCUCUUCAGACAACUCCCAUGCAGAUGCGGCCACUCUUGAAGGCUCUCAGGCUGACCAUGUCGCCCAAUUAGCUCGAACUGUUACCAAGAUGAGCAUGAAGAAUGUCCAUGCGGAUGAUCACAAUCCAUUCCUCGGAACCACAGACGACUCCUUGAAUCCUCUAUCUGGUAAAUUCGACUAUAAGAAAUGGAUUCAUUCCAUUCUCGCUAUUACCUCGCGUGAUCCAGAGCGUUACCCAACACGGACAGCCGGUAUUAGUUUUACCAACUUGAACGUCCAUGGCUAUGGCUCAGCCGCUGACCACCAGAAGACGGUAGGGAAUGUCUUGCUUGAUAUUCCCAGUAUGGUUGCUGGAUUGUUCGGAAGGAAGGGCAAGAGAGUGGAUAUUCUGAGAGACUUUGAAGGUGUUGUGAGACAAGGAGAAAUGCUUGUGGUCCUUGGUCCUCCAGGGAGUGGCUGUACCACGCUGCUGAAGACAAUUUCUGGUGAAACUCAUGGAUUUUAUGUCGGUAAUGAAGCCAAACUCAAUUAUCAAGGCAUACCUUGGGAGACGAUGCACAAGGACUUCCGUGGCGAAGUCGUCUAUAAUGCAGAAACCGAUGUCCACUUUCCCAACCUUACUGUCGGCCAAACACUCUCAUUCGCAGCUAGAGCUCGUACUCCCCGUGCUCGUCUCCCCGGUGUUACCCGUGAACAGUGGGCUGAGCACAUGAGGGACGUCGUCAUGGCAGUAUUCGGUCUCACCCAUACCAUCAACACCCGAGUAGGGAACGAGUUCAUCCGUGGUGUCAGUGGUGGCGAGAGGAAACGUGUUAGUAUUGCGGAAGUUGCUUUGAGCGGAGCUCCACUUCAAUGCUGGGACAACAGUACUCGAGGUUUGGACAGUGCUACUGCGUUGGAAUUUGUCAAGACUGUAAAUAUGUCUGCGAAAUACAUGGGUUCGACGGCGGUGAUAGCGAUAUAUCAGGCCUCUCAGAGUAUCUAUGAUAUCUUCGACAAGGUUACGGUGCUUUAUGAGGGUAGACAGAUAUAUUUUGGACGAACGGAGGACGCAAAGAAAUUCUUCGUCGAUAUGGGUUUCCAAUGCCCUGACCGUCAAACAACUGCAGAUUUCUUAACAUCCUUAACGAAUCCAGCAGAACGACAGGCGCGUCCGGGUUUCGAGUCGCGUGUCCCACAUACCCCAGACGAAUUCGCCCGAAUGUGGAAAGAGAGCGCCGAACGAAGACACCUUUUGCAAGAAAUAGAGGAAUUCAAUAAUGAGUUUCCUGUAGGUGGAUCGCAUGUAGACAAAUUUAGGCAAUCUAGGAAGAGUGUCCAAGCCAAAGGCCUUGGUUCAAAAUCACCUUACACACUCUCGGUGCCUAUGCAAAUCCAACUUUGCUUGUCGCGAGGAUUCCAACGGCUCAGAGGCGACAUGUCCCUCUUCUUCACUUCCGUCUUGGGGAACUUUUUCUUUAGCUUAAUCUUAUCGAGCAUAUUUUUCAACCUCCCAGCCGAUACCAGCAGUUUCUACUCUCGCGGUGCUCUCCUCUUCUACGCGAUAUUGAUGAACGCUUUCAGCAGUGUUCUAGAGAUCCUCACACUUUACGAACAACGACCCAUUGUAGAAAAGCAUUCCCGAAUGGCACUUUAUCAUCCGUUCGUUGAAGCCGUGUCAGCUAUGAUUUGUGACCUUCCCGCUAAAAUUCUAACUGCUAUCUCGUUCAACCUGGUUCUCUACUUUAUGACCAAUUUACGGCGGACCCCAGCUCAUUUCUUUAUUUUCUUGCUCUUUUCCUUCGCUUGCACGCUUACAAUGUCAAUGAUCUUCCGUACAAUUGGUGCAACGUCCCGAACAAUCUCUCAAGCCAUGGCACCCGCUGCAAUCAUCAUGCUCGGUCUUAUCAUCUACACAGGAUUUACUAUCCCCAUUUCUGAUAUGCAUCCAUGGUUCAGAUGGAUAAAUUACAUUAAUCCUAUUGCGUAUGCAUUCGAAAGCCUCAUGCUGAACGAAUUCUUUGGACGCGAGUUCCCUUGUAUCACUUUUAUACCAAGUGGACCGGGGUACGCCGAUAUCACUGGUCCCGAGCGUAUUUGUGCUACAACAGGAGCAGAGGCAGGUUCCAAUGUCGUCGAAGGCGCAUCGUAUCUUGCUGCCAGUUUCAAUUACUAUCAUUCGCAUAUGUGGAGGAAUCUGGGCAUCAUUUUCGCGUUCAUGGUAUUCUUCUUGGCCACUGCCCUUGUUGCAACGGAAUACAUCACGGCUGCGAAGAGCAAGGGGGAAGUCCUAGUGUUCCGUCGUGGUCAUAUACCUGUCCAGGAAUCCAAAUCUUCUGACGACAAAGAAUUUGCUCAACCUGUACAACAAUUGGUCGUUGAUGUUGAUGAGAAGGUGAAGAGGGCCAGCGCGGUCUCUGGGCUUCAAAAGCAAACCUCGAUAUUCCAUUGGGAAGAUGUUUGCUACGAUAUCAAGAUCAAAGGUGAAGGACGUCGUCUUUUGGAUAAUGUAGACGGAUGGGUUGAGCCGGGGACUUUGACCGCGCUAAUGGGGGCGUCAGGUGCUGGGAAGACUACGCUCCUGGACACUCUGGCCAGUCGAGUGACAAUGGGCGUAGUUACAGGAAAUAUGUUCGUUGAUGGACAACAGCGAGACGAAUCGUUUCAACGGAAGACGGGAUACGUACAACAGCAGGACUUGCAUCUUCAGACUUCGACAGUUCGCGAGGCCCUUAUUUUCAGUGCUCGUCUCAGGCAACCUCAAGAUGUCCCAGAUGCUGAAAAGGUCGCUUAUUGCUCUGAAGUCAUCCGUUUACUAGGUAUGGAAAAGUAUGCCGAUGCCGUCGUCGGUGUACCUGGUGAAGGGCUCAAUGUCGAACAGCGUAAACGACUGACUAUUGGCGUGGAGCUCGCUGCGAAACCCAAGCUUCUUUUAUUCCUGGACGAGCCUACUUCAGGUCUUGAUAGUCAAACGGCAUGGUCUAUAUGUUCACUGCUUCGGGAUUUGGCUAACAAUGGCCAAGCAAUCCUAUGUACCAUCCACCAACCCUCUGCCCUUCUCUUCCAAGAAUUCGACCGACUCUUGUUCUUAGCCAAAGGUGGCCGCACUGUAUACUUCGGUGACAUCGGCGAGAACUCGAAAACACUGACAUCCUACUUCGAGCGUCAAGGUGCCAGUCCUUGUCCACCAGAUGCUAACCCUGCGGAAUGGAUGCUUCAAGUCAUCGGUGCUGCCCCAGGUGCUGUUGCUGACCGAGAUUAUGCUGAUGCUUGGCGACAAAGCGACGAUUAUCUCGCUAUGAAGAAAGAGCUCUCCAAAAAACGGGAGCUUUCUCAAUCCCGUCCCCAACCGAGUGUCCAGGAAAAACGCAAAUCCAAAGAUUACAGCGCAUUUUCUGCCUCGUUCCAAAAACAGUUUCAACUUUGCUUGUAUAGGGUUUUCCAACAGCUGUAUCGCACACCCAGUUAUAUCUACUCAAAAACAUUCCUUUCUGUUACUACUUCCCUUUUCAUUGGCUUCACAUUCUACAAAGCGGACAACACGCUCCAAGGUCUCCAAAACCAGAUGUUCUCUGUCUUCAUGCUCAUGACGAUCUUUGGAAACUUGGUCAAUCAGAUCAUGCCUCAUUUUGUCACUCAACGCUCUCUUUAUGAAGUUCGCGAACGUCCCUCGAAGACUUACUCUUGGGUAGCAUUCAUGCUUGCAAAUAUCUGUGCCGAGCUUCCCUGGAACACUCUAAUGUCUGUCUUCAUCUUCUUCGGCUGGUACUACCCUAUCGGGCUAUAUCGUAACGCAGAGCCCACCGGAGCGGUUACUGAGCGCGGAGCCCUCUUGUUCCUCCUUAUCUGGUCCUUCCUAAUGUUCACAUCUACGUUUACACACAUGAUCAUUGCUUCUGUCGACGUAGCUGAAAAUGGUGGUAACAUAGCAACGUUGCUGUUCUCUCUAACCAUCCUAUUCUGCGGUGUCCUUGUCUCGCCUUCAAAACUACCUGGCUUCUGGAUAUUCAUGUACCGUGUAUCACCAUUCACAUACUUGGUCGAUGCGAUGCUUUCCGUCAGUCUCGCCAACGCACCGGCGUUCUGUUCCUCUGUUGAAGUCUCCGUGUUUGAUCCCCCGAGUGGACAAACCUGUGGACAGUAUCUCUCCGCAUACAUGUCUAUUGCUGGGGGGUCCCUCUCCGACGUGAAUGCCACGUCGCAGUGCGAAUUCUGCGCCAUCACGGACACCAAUGCCUUCUUGUCACAGGUCAACAGUUUCUACGACCAUCGUUGGCGCAAUUUCGGCUUAAUGUGGGCUUAUGUAGCGUUCAACGUGUGCGCUGCCUUAUUUCUAUAUUGGUUCGGUCGUGUUCCCAAGAGCGCAAAGAAGAACUAG